AUGAAGACGAGUGUGUGCGGAGAAUCUAGUGGUCUGGAACUAAAUGGGCUUCUGUCUGUCUUGUACACAGACGGAGGUGAGCAGACGAAUGUUCAAGGCUGCAGCGCGAAGAUGGCAGUAAUUGACGGGCUUGGGAGUCACCGGCCCCUGGAGGUUCUGGUCGUGGCGGACCCUAAGGACCUUGCGAAGCCGCGUUCCAAGUUCGACCUUACACAAGAUAGCGUGCGACUGUUGGUGCUGCCGCCCAAAAACGUCGACGCGUGCCUGGACAAAGGUGGCGGUGCUCACGGCUUCAAAGGCAACAACGGGCUGGACGAACGGGCGACGCUGCUUGAGACAGGGACGGCUGACUACCACCGAGCUGUGGACUCCUUAGCGACCAGCAUUUGGCAGGGCUUGGUGGUGCCCAAGAAUCCCCUCGACGCCUUGGACUAA